GCAUGAAAUUUAAGAAUACAAUUCUACAGUUUGUGCAGUUGCACUUUCGAAUAAGAUGGCAGCAGAUACCUUAAACAUAGCACGACGUAAGUUAAACGAAGUGUUAGGAGAAAAGUCCACCAAGUACUUUAAUCAUAUGAAACAAUGGUUUCGAAUGAAACUAACUAAAGAAGAAUUCGACACUGAAGCCCGUGCUUUGUUAAGUUCUGAUCAAGUACAUUAUCACAAUGAGUUUUUACUGGCUUUAUUGAAUAAAGUUGAGGGUUUAGCUGAGACGUCGAUUAGUAUUGCACAGGAGAAGGCCAGUGCUCACAACAGACAUAGUAGACGACAUAAGAGGAGUUCUCGGACUUCGGAGAAAUCGAAUUUCGAACCGGCUGACUUAUUGGAGUACUUGCCGCCAAAUUCGCCGCCUGGCGCUGGAAGCGAUGGCGUUAAAUACGCGGCACAAGAGAUUUUCUUACCCGACCAUGCAUUGGUGGUUGGCCGGUUCAUGCUGGCUGCCUGGGAGCUGGGGCUGGAAGGAGCUGACGAUGAGGCCGCUGAUAUAGUAGUGGUUGCCGUUCAGAAUUUUCUCAAGAAUCUUAUCAGCGCUGUUAUAUCUCAACGCAAAGGGUACAAAAUGCGGAACAAAUACUUUAUGUACGACAUUGGAGGUGAAGUGCCCAAUAUGUGGCUGCGCAAUUCCUCCAAACUCUACGACCCUCAGGAAGAUGGACGAGUGAAUGUAGAUGAUGGACCAGAUGCCUUGGGACCACGAUGCCCACCAACUAUAGAUGAGGUGGAACAAGCUGCAGCAUUAGAAAUUGCUUGCAGCGCACCAAACAACGAACCCAACGAUGACAGAUUAACGAUUGAAGAGUUCUACAACACAUUGCUGACGCAUAGGAACGUCAUACCGUGCCAUUCAGUGUACGCCAUCAACAUGGAAAGACUGGCGGUUAUGUUAAACCAUCCCAGUUACUAAACUAACACUAAAAGCUAGUUUAAAUCCGGAAAAAUAGUUUCAUCUCCUAUGUGUAACAAUCGCGAAGACCUAAGAACUCGAUUGAAUUACAUUGUUAUGAUUGACAAGUUAGUAGGUAAUAUCAGUAAUAUUUGAAAUUGUAAAUUAUAGCAAUUCAGUUUUAGUGCUGAAAGUAGCUCAUCAGCUCGUAUUGAUAUAGCUUGGAUAUUCUUAUGAACUUUUCUAAACUUAAGACAUAUGUAAUUGACUAGUUAGUAGAGAGUAUCGCUAAAUUUGUCGUUAAU